CUCCUUCCACCCUCUUUCCAAAGCACCACUUUAUCUUUCUCUCGCUGAAAGCCAAAGUCUUCGCCGCUUCCACUCCCACGACUUGGAAACAUGAGAGAACCAUCCCUACUGCACGCCUCCCUGAUCCUCACGACCCUCGUCGUGGCCGCGUCGGCGAACUUCCUCGCCGACGUCGACCUGACAUGGGGUAGUGGGAGGGGAAAAAUAUUGGAAAACGGCAACCUCCUUCAGCUCUCCCUCGACAAGGCAUCCGGCUCUGGAUUCCAAUCCAAACAAGAGUAUUUGUUUGCAAGGAUGGACAUGAGGAUGAAGCUUGUCCCUGGAAACUCCGCCGGCACCGUCACCACCUUAUAUCUAUCCUCGCAAGGAUCGACUCAUGAUGAGAUUGACUUCGAGUUCCUCGGCAAUCUUAGUGGGCAGCCAUACACGCUUCACACCAAUAUAUACACACAGGGGAAGGGGGACAGGGAGCAGCAGUUCCAUCUGUGGUUUGAUCCCAGGAUGGAUUUCCAUACCUACUCCAUUCUCUGGAAUCCGCAGCAGAUAUUGUUCUACGUGGAUGGAACACCAAUCAGAGUGUUUAGGAACAUGGAAGCGAAGGGUGUACCCUACCCCAAGAACCAGCCGAUGCGGCUCUACUCCAGCCUCUGGAACGCCGACGACUGGGCCACCAUGGGCGGGCGCGUCAAGACGGACUGGAGCCAGGCCCCCUUCGUGGCCUCCUACCGGGGCUUCAGCGCCGACGCCUGCGUGUGGGCCGGGGGGAAGUCCACGUGCUCGGCCUCCAAGGGGACCUGGUGGGCCCAGUCUCUGGACUCUCCAGGGGCCCAGAAGCUCAAGUGGGUCCGCCAGAAGUACAUGAUCUACGACUACUGCAAGGACCCCAAACGCUUCCCACAAGGCUUCCCCCCUGAGUGCUCUCCGUCUACUUAAUUAGCAGAGAAUUAAUUGAGGUUAAUGAUGGCUGCAUCAUUACCAAUAUGUGAGAGGGCAUCCUGUUGAGAGGUUGUGUUGAAAGACACUGGGUGAAGAUGUAACAUGAUCAAAAAAUAAUGGCUAGUUCAUAACAUGUGCAUGUUUUCAAUUAUUUAAUUAU